CCAAACUGGUCUGAAAACACGGAAAGAGGAGACAAGCGACACCAUGAAAUAUCCUCGUAUCCUAAGUGUGGCUGUUGCUUCUUAAAGCGCUGAAUCGUUCUCGAAGGUUAAAAGGAUGGAUAUGAGCAGAGCAGACGAAGAUUCGUACACGAAUAAUCUCAUCGGGACUUUGCUUGCCAUAUUUGGAAAUGUGCUUGUCAGCAUCUCCUUAAAUAUUCAGAAAUACGGCCAUGUGACCAUCGUGGGAGCCAAGGACCCACGUGUCUUCUACCACACAAAAACCUGGUGGUUUGGCUUUUUUCUCACCACUCUGGGCGAAGCAGCCAACUUCGUGUCCUAUGCUUUUGCUCCCCUCAGCCUCGUAGCACCUCUCAAUGCCGUCUCCAUCCUGACAAGCUUCAUUUUGGGUUUUAUUUUCAUGCAUGAGAAAUCAAAGGCAAAGGACUUUGCAAAGCACCACGGGCUGUCCUUCUUGGGCUCUGUCUUAGCUGUGGCAGGGGCGUACCUCUUUGUGGCGUUUGGGCCAAACUCGCAUGGAAAACUGACAGCGGAAGUUGUAGUGAAACAUCUCGUCGGAUGGCCCGUUCUCUUAUAUCUGGUCCUGGAGAUCAUCACGUUCUGCCUGCUUUUAUAUUUCUACAAACAGAGAAAUGCAAACUACCUCGUCAUCAUCCUGCUGCUGGUUGCUUUGUUGGGUUCAGUCACAGUCAUCUCUGUGAAGGCUGUGUCCCACAUGUUGAUAUUGACUCUUGAGGGUUCCAUGCAGCUUUACUACCCCAUCUUCACUGUCAUGUUUGUGUGCAUGGUGUCUACAGUUGUCUUCCAAGCCAGUUUUCUCUCCCAAGCUUGCAAGCUGUACGACUCGUGCUUGAUCGCCAGUGUUAAUUACAUCCUGUCCACCAUUUUUGCAGUCUUAGCAGGAGCUGUGUUUUACUUGGAAUUUAGUCAUGAAGACAUCCUUCACAUCAGCAUGUUCUUAUUGGGAACUGCGGCAUGCUUCCUGGGUGUCUUCCUCAUCACCAGAACCAGGAAAAAGAACAAGAGCUUUGAGCCUUACGUCACCAUGAAUAUGAGUAAUGGUGUACCGACCAUUCACAGCAAGGGUCCGGAGGUCCCGACUGAGUUCAGCGGUAGUUUCUCUUAUGGCGCUCUGGUCAACAGUGACAGAACCACUUCUUCUAAUCAGCCCGCCAACACGGAGGAACCCACCACCGGCUUCAGACCCACACGGGCAUCUGGUGGGCUUCCUGACAGGAAGCAAGAUUAGCAGCAAGCUUUUACAUCUGUAGGUUUUUUUUUUUUUUUUUACAGAGGAAUCUCCAAAGUCAAACAAUCCAUUCAAUGAUUGAAGAAAAGUUCCUAUUUGAGGGAAAUUAAUUACUUCAUUCAAGACUAAAAUGAUAACCAUCAUAAAACCUUUACUGAGCCUACAGAUUUCCAUAUUUAGAAUUCUUAAAUAAAUUCUUAAUUAAAUAAUGAAUAAAUAGGUCUUCUAAAUUUGACAUACCACAGAGAAGAGUGUCCUUAAAACCCUGCCAAAUUUUAGUCAAAAAAAUAAAAAUAAAAAAUUCUAAUGGUGUAAAAUGAGGCUUCAAAAUGGUGAAAAAAUCAAUCUGUUGUCUUCUGCUCUAAGCGCUUUGGGCGUGGCUGAAACCACAACUGGCUCAGCUGUCAAUUGAAUACCACUACUGGACCUGAAAAAUGGCUGCUACUUCGUCUAGCGUCUUUCUUUUGCCUGCACAAUAACUAUAUCUUUCAGUCACGAAAAUAUACCCCCCUUAAAGCCUUUGGUGUGUGGAAUCUAUCCCACCGGGUCGUCGCACGGCUUUUCCGCGCCGUGACAAGGAGCCGCUCUGAAACGGACACGCCACCACGAUGCUCCGGCCUACACGCUGGAUGUCACGUUGGACUACUUGUAUUUUCCCCUUCCUCACUCUUCUGCCUUUCUCUUCAUGACUUGUGCGCACUCACAGCUAACAAUGAGGCGCUCUAAAGCGGCCAUGCCUAUGGAAUAUCUGAAGGGAAGAUGCAUUUUCGCGGCGUAGCCUACUGCACAUGGAAAUUGCACCGGAUAACCACUGAUGCGAACGAAGGCGUGCAUGUUCUUUUUAGGGCGAGGGGGUACUCCUGCAGAAUGUCAACUGCGUCACUGGGCCCUGUUUUAGCCACACCCAAAAACAAAUCAGGAAAACUGAAAUGGUGUGAAAUAGUUUAGCGCUAUAUCCCCACAGUUCGGUACUACAUAGUUCUCAGUCUUUGCACAUUUUUUCAGCAAUUGUCUUCAAACAUGUAUAAUAUAUUUAGACCAAAAUUGACUUAACCAAGGGAGGGGCAAACCUUUGUGCUAGGUCUACAUUUGAUUCCUAAAAUGGGCAAAAAAAAGCAACAACAAAAAAGUUAAAAUGUGUAUAAUACUUUAUUUUAAACAUAAAAUACCAAUUUGUUUCAAUUUGUGUAAUUCAAUUAGGUUCACCAGCCAAUUGAUAAAAAUAAAAUGGGGUAAACGUAUAUAAAAUGGUUGUAUUAUUUACAAUAAUCUAUUUCAUGGUUUAAUGAGAUAAGUGAAUAAAAAAUAAAACUACAAUUGGUUUUACUUUGGUGAUUCCACUGUUUUUGUGUCUGCCUAAUUAACUAAGGAUUCCCUAAGAGGGAGCUUGACAAACUUAACGUACAAUCGUGCUCAGGACCAGCAAAUCAACUUUUAAAGUGCUUUUUAAACAGUACAUGUGGAAAUGUGAUUUGUGCCUUGAAGCUUACCGCAUGCAUAGGGUUGGCAAUAUAAGAGCAGACUUCAUACUGUUAAAGGAGUUUUUCGAUGUCCUUAAUGAUCUCCACAAGCUGCUGAAGCCUUGCCAUUGAUUGCUUUGAAUUAAGGAGUUUCUGUAAAUUACAACCCCAAUUCCAAUGAAAUUUGGACGUUGUGUUAAACGUAAAUAAAAACAGAAUACAAUGAUUUGAAAAUCAUGUUCAACCAAUAUUUAAUUGAAUACACUUCAAAGACAAGAUACUUUAAUGUUCAAACUGAUAAACUUUAUUGUUUUUCGCAAAUAAUCAUUAACUUAGAAUUUUAUGGCUGCAACAAAAAAGCUGGGGCAGGUCGCAAAAAAGACUGAGAAAGUUGAGGAAUGCUCAUCAAACACUUGUUUGGAACAUCCCACAGGUGUACAGGCUAAUUGGGAACAGGUGGGUGCCAUGAUUGGGUAUAAAAGGAGCUUCCCUGAAUUGCUCAGUCAUUCACAAGCAACGAUGGAGUGAGGUUCACCUCUUUGUGAACAAGUAUGUGAGAAAAUAGUCGAACAGUUUAAGGACAACGUUCCUCAACGUACAAUUGCAAGGAAUUUAGGGAUUUCAUCAUCUACGGUCCAUAAUAUCAUCAAAAGGUUCAGAGAAUCUGGAGAAAUCACUGCAUGUAAGCGGCAAGGCCGAAAACCAACAUUGAAUGCCCAUGACCUUCGAUCCCUCAGGGGGCACUGCAUCAAAAACCGAGAUCAAUGUGUAAAGGAUAUCACCACAUGGGCUCAGCAACACUUCAGAAAACCAAUGUCAGUAAACACAGUUUGGCGCUACAUCCGUAAGUGCAACUUGAAACUACUAUGCAAAGCAAAAGCCAUUUAUCAACAACACUCAGAAACGCCGCCGGCUUCUAUGUGUCCAAGCUCAUCUAAGAUGGACUGACGCAAAGUGGAAAAGUGUUCUGUGGUUCGACGAGUCCACAUUUCAAAUUGUUUUUGGAAAUUGUGGACGUCGUGUCCUCUGGGCCAAAGAGGAAAAUAACCAUCCGGACUGUUAUGGAUGCAACGUUCAAAAGCCAGCAUCUGUGAUGGUAUGGGGCUGUGUUAGUGCCAAUGGCAUGGGUAACUUACACAUCUGUGAAGGCACCAUUAAUGCUGAAAAGUACAUACAGGUUUUGAAGAAACAUAUGCUGCCAUCCAAGCGACAUCUGCUUAUUUCAGCAAGACAAUGCCAAACCACAUUCUGCACGUGUUACAACAGCGUGGCUUCAUAGUAAAAGAGUGCGAGUACAAGACUGGCCUGCCUGCAGUCCAGACCUGUCUCCCAUUGAAAAUGUGUGGCGCAUUAUGAAGCGUAAAAUACGACAACGGAGACCCCGGACUGUUAAACAGCUGAAGCUGUACAUCAAGCAAGAAUGGGAACGAAUUCCACCUACAAAGCUUCAACAAUUAGUGUCCUCAGUUCCCAAACGUUUAUUGAAUGUUGUUAAAAGAAAAGGUGAUGUAACACAGUGGUAAACAUGACCCUGUCCCAGCUUUUUUGGAACGUGUUGCAGCCAUAAAAUUCUAAGUUAAUGAUUAUUUGCUAAAAACAAUAAAGUUUAUCAGUUUGAACAUUAAAUAUAUUGUCUUUGUUGUGUAUUCAAUUAAAUAUAGAUUGAACAUGAUUUGCAAAUCAUUGAAUUCUGUUUUUAUUUAUGUUUAAAACAACAUCCCAACUUCAUUGUAAUUGGGGUUGUAGUACCGGUAUCUGCCUUUAAGACGUCUCCCCAAGCGCAGUGUUCACUCCACUUCUGCCUCUUCUUUUUGCGGUUGUAUUGCUACCUUUUUUUAAGUUUUUUGUGAAAGGGACGAAUGCAAACUCUUUAAUUUAUUAUAUUUAUUGAUGUAUUGUGCUUUAAAGAGGAGUAGCGCCACACUAAAUAUAAACAGGCAAUCCCCUAUGUCUACAAAAUGAAUUUAGGUGUGCCAGCAUUAGGUGUGAUCUUGUUUUGUGUAUGAUUGACAAAAAACAAAAGUAAUACUUUGACAAUGUUGGCACUUUUGGGUGAGCAAUAUUUAGGCUAAAUUCUCCUUUUCCCUCAAGAUCAGAAAAGUUCUGAUUCAUGCUGUUUUGCUGACCUAACAACAUGGGUUUCUACUUGAAUCAAACUCCCAAAUUAAAUACAAUAUGCUCAUGCUUUGACUGUGUUGGCGCUUUUUUUUUUUUAAACUUAAAGGGGAUCUGUUGUGGAAAUAUUACUUUUUAUUGUUCCUACAGAUACUUGAGUCGCUGGAGUGCCUGCCCAACCGUCAAGUGUAAUAUUUGAGCAACCAUCAAUGCCACAUAGACACAGUAUAGUGUAUGAACUUCUGCUAUUUAUCAAGACAAGAAAUUGGUUGUGUAAAGUGUACUAUAAUUGUUGAUCCUGCCGAAAGCGUGCCACAGACGUGUUAUAAGGAAACAUGGGCACGGUUUUAAAUUGUGUGAAAAUAAAUCCAUGCCUCUGUUAGUAAUGCAGGAUACAUUGCAUUUUG